UCCACUCAGCAGCAUCAGCCACCAGCACAGCGUCUUCGCCCGUCGCCUCCCGAUGCACCUUCAUUCCCUCAGGGUCUGGACAAUCCGGCGCUGCUACGGGAGAUGUUGCUUGCGAAUCCUCACGAGCUGUCCCUGCUGAAGGAGCGCAACCCGCCCUUGGCGGAGGCGUUGCUCAGUGGAGACCUCGAGAAAUUCACCAGGGUGUUGCUGGAGCAACAGCAGGACCGAGCCCGGCGGGAGCAGGAGAGGAUCCGACUCUAUUCAGCUGACCCUUUUGAUCUCGAGGCACAGGCCAAGAUAGAAGAAGACAUAAGGCAACAAAACAUUGAAGAAAAUAUGACGAUAGCAAUGGAAGAGGCCCCUGAGAGUUUUGGCCAGGUGGUGAUGCUGUAUAUUAACUGCAAAGUCAAUGGACAUCCAGUGAAAGCCUUUGUUGACUCAGGUGCCCAGAUGACCAUCAUGAGCCAAGCUUGUGCUGAAAGGUGCAACAUAAUGAGGCUGGUAGAUCGACGAUGGGCUGGCAUUGCUAAAGGUGUAGGGACGCAGAAAAUAAUUGGCAGGGUGCACUUAGCUCAGGUCCAGAUUGAAGGGGAUUUCCUGGCGUGCUCCUUCUCAAUCCUUGAAGAGCAGCCCAUGGACAUGCUUCUAGGACUGGAUAUGCUGAAGAGGCAUCAGUGUUCGAUUGAUCUCAAGAAGAAUGUACUAGUGAUCGGCACGACUGGCUCGCAGACCACUUUCCUCCCGGAGGGCGAGCUCCCAGAGUGUGCCCGGCUGGCUUACGGGGCCGGGCGGGAAGACAUGCGGCCGGAGGAGAUUGCAGACCAGGAACUAGCAGAAGCAAUACAGAAGUCCGUAGAGGAAGCAGAGAAUAGUGACAAAGAAACUACCUCACUGGAAAUGCCCUCAUUACCAGCUUCUGAUGGGUUUCAAAAUCCAGUCCAGUCUUCAGGACUAAAUUCCAAGAUCUGUAAUCCCACCAAUCAAUUACUUGAUCGUUCUGUCUCUGCCCCUGCUUCAGUUUGCUCAUCCGAAUCUAGUCUCGCAGAGCCCAUUGAUCCUAGAGCCGUCGAGUCUUUUGAGUCUUCAACUGAAUGCCAGAUAACCCCAGAAAAAGAACAUCCUCUUUUAUUACAGCAUCUUUCCAAUAACACUUCCUUGGCACAUAACGACCCUUCUUCCCCAGCAGGGGAGGUAACCUGUUGCAAUCCAGCUUGCCUUUCACAGAAGACACUCAAAGAAAUGUUUAUUGCUGACAGUCUAAAGGAAUGUAACGCUAAAGAACAAGACUGUGGUCAGGAACUUCGUUUGGAAGUGACAAAAGAAACUAGUUUGGCUGACACUGCUGCUAAGCACGGGCAAAAUCAAGAUCUAUGUCUGUCUUCAGAACAGGAGCAAAAGCAUGAGCUUCCCAUAGACCAUCAGACGUGCAAAGAACCAGAAAAGGAACAUCUGGAGAAGCAAACUGAGACAACUGACCCAGAACCUCCGUGCCAUGUUGGUGGGGUUGAGAAACCUGUUGUGGAAGAAGCCAGCCAGCCAGAAAAUCCUCCUACGGAAAUGAAAGGACAUGGACAGGAGAAAGCAGGUCUUUCCUGUGCGAAAGGGAGUAUCCAAAUGUCAGCCUCCCGUAGCUGUAUGCAUACGGAAGCCUUCAUGGAAGUAGAUGUAGUUGAGCAGUCUGUAGCUGAAGCGCACAGCUCGGCAAGCGAGCAGAAGCGGCAGGCUGAGAACAGAAAUGUAUCUGACCUGAACUCGGAUGCCUUUUCUAUGGAGGUGGAGUCACUGAAGUCUGCAUCCUCCUUGAGUGAUCCGCUUUCCACCGGUGAUGUCCCACAGCCUAAAAGCACUAGUGAAAUUCCUGCAAAGUAUGAUGAGUUGUCAGCUGAAGGCAGCUCUUCCCCCUCCAGCAUCCAUCAGCUGGACACGGAUCCAGGAAGACCUUCAGAAGAGCCAUGUUUCUCUCUAGCAUCAGCCUUGAAAGAGCUGCACAAACUCUUGAUUAUCAGUCGGAAAGGAGAAUGUAAAAUCCUUGCCUCUGAAGAAGUCUCUCAGCUGGAAAUGGCUCACAGAGAGUCAGCAGCACAACAGAAGGGGCUUUCUGAAGAUGAGCAGAAAGACUCGGAUCCAGCCAGCCAGGAACGGAGUUGUUCCUUCUAUAAGGUGAGGUCUGAAGGUGGAGGAGCAGAGGGGAAACAGCCUUGUGAUUCUGGCGUAGAAAACAUCAGCAUUGGGUCUGUCAGCUGCAUGCAGUCAGCUCUCGGAGAAGGUGCUUCAGAGAUUCAGAACUUUUCAGGUAAGAGUGAUUUGGUCGUGGUGAAUUCUGCAGCGACAUCUGACCAGCAACAGAGCUCUGAGCAGGCAGAGGUUUUGGCAGAAGGUUAUCAGAGUCCAACGAGUCCGACUUUGGGGCAAAAUGCAUCCGUUUCCUCUACACCUGCUUUGGAUGAAGGCGCACCUCAAGAUACUCGGAGCCUGUUCACAGGAGAACCUGGGAGAAGCAGCAGUUCUGCUCCUGAAGGUCUGUGGCCGUUGGAUGGGUGUGAGGAACCACUGCUGAGCCCACCAGCUGGCUAUACUGGACUUACCUCGGGUGCUUCUCUACCACCUGCUUUCCCUGCGGCUGACGUUGAUCGGAUCCUUGGUGCUGGUUUUACCACACGGGAGGCUCUCGAGGCUUUGGAACAAGCGGAUGGAAACGCAGAUCUUGCUCUUCUCAUUUUGCUAGCCAAGAGUAUCGUUGUUCCUACAUAACUACGGAAGAGAAUAAGCUCCAAUGUUACGAAUAAAAAGCAGAAGCCAUUAAGAUCACCGCCCUGUCCAGCGCAAAGCAGAUUGUGAAGUGAAUUGACCGUGCGUGUGCACAGGACAGGAGGCGCACGCCGAGUUCGGUAUGGCACAGACGCGAAACAGCGCUUGUCCAAACGGACUUUGUGGAUUUGUUUUAGCUCUCCUGCGCUUUGUAACCCAAUGUCCACCUGUGACGCUGAUGAAACUAUUAUGGCAGCUACUAAAGGUAUGUAGAUGCCCACAGACGUGUAACGCUUUGCAAGAGGAGUGAGGGGUGGAGGGGGUUUUUGGAAGCGCACGCUUUUUGUGUGUGCACGGGGAAGGCUGAUGCCUAUUUUUGCCAAACCCUUUUACGCUCUUGGGCCAGUGUGUUCAAGUUUACAACAUGGGGAUAGAAGAAGGGAAGGGAUAGAAUUUGGUGCUACCAAAACUUAAGAGACGUUUUAACUUAUUUGAAGAU